GCGAAUCGCGAUCAGCCAUCAAUGCCUGUGGAUAACAUAUUAUAUUCCACCGAAGCCGUUCGUCGAGUCGACAGCGAACGAAAUAUUAUUUAAUACACACUUCCAGAAGUCGUUCAGAAAGUAAUCAAUAUGAGUUUUGGUCUACCUUCCGUGAAGCCCAAGCCCUCGACUGCCGAUAUAAUUAGCAUCCCGGACGACACGCAUGGUGUUCCGAAUGCACUUGUUUCCGGGCUAUCUUCGACUAGAGCAAAUCUUGGAUUUUCACAUCCACUGCAAGCCUCCGAGCAAAACUACGUGCAGAAUAAAUUGCGCAUGGAUAUGGUUAUGCUGAGAAACACGCAAGGACUUCACGCGCCGAUGCGCUUAGCCAUGGAGCUCAAAGCUGCCGAUAAAGUUGGGAGACUACCUUUUCUUCCAUCUUCCGGUCUUAUGAGGGAUGUUAUUCUUGGUAGAGACGAAGAAAUUGGGUUCGAAGACAUCUUCAACAACGCUGAGUUUAGGGAACAAAUGUGCCAGCCUCACGCGAUGGUUGAAAAGAGCUUGGGAAUUCUCUAGACACCGAUCGAAUCCUUAUUUUUAAGCUUGUAAUAUCAUAACUUGCACUCUGUUAUUGUGCUAAAUGGCAGUGGCUAUUAAUGAAUACCUUUUUCGAUA